AAUCAAGGCAAACAUUAUAGUCGACGAUGAAGGAAGGGGUAGAAUAAGUGAUUUCGGUUUGGCGAGAAUAAUGUCGGGUGGACAAAGGACCGGCUUGACCACAGAUACAAGCCAUACCGGGACUCUUCGAUACCUGGCUUAUGAACUGGUCAAUACGGAGGGCCAUAUCAUUCCAACCAAAGAGGGUGACGUAUAUGCACUGGGAUGUCUGGCAUUAGAGUUAAUUUUUCUACAAGUGCCGUACGCCGAACACACAAAUCCCGGAGAGAUAUAUAAGUUGAUAGGCAGCAAUACCCCGCCGGCUGUUGAGGUGCCCGUGGAUGGGGCACCCUCCGAACAGAUCCAAGACCUCUGGACGUUUCUCCAACGGUGUUGGGACAUUGAUCCCAAAUCUCGCCCAACUGUCCAAGACUGUCAACAGUAUGUCCGUGAUCACAAAGCGGAGCUGUUGACGGCGUUAGGAGAUAGCUUCCAGCCCCGUUCCACCCUUGCUGCUCCCCCUGAGACCGCCACCUCCGGUAGCAUAUAA